AUGAGCAACAUCAAGACACGGCUGCAAAAGGCGCGGUCCAAGUUCUCGCGCCGCAACAGCGAGGUGUCGACGAGAGCACGCUCGAUAGCAUCGUCGGCGGGCAGCGACCGUCAUGGCCACGCGCCGCCCCCGCCGCUGAGCAGCCCGCUGCGCAAGAGCGUGUCGCUGCCAAAGUUGGCGGAGCCGGCGGCAUCUAAGGCGUUGCGGUCGGGGGCGCAUGUCGACGACGACGACGAGCAGUCGAUGGUGGUGGGCAGAGCAACGACCGAGAGUCAGGCCGACGCAGAAGCAAGCACCGGCAGCAUCAAUACGUCGAGAGACGGGCGGUCGAGCUGCACCCAGGCCAGCACUGCGCCCAGCAGCUCCCACGACGCCCGCAAGCCCUCCGCCGACGUGCCCAUUGUCUGCCCCCAGGUCACGCUCGAGGCUCCUACGCCCGUCCACCCCGGAGCGCCGCCUGCCGAGCUCGACCGCCCUGCCCUGCCCGACUCGCUUUCUUCAACUCCCUCGUCUGUCCCCGCAACCACCACGACGACAGCCACGACGACUGCGACAACUACCUCGCUCCCUUCAUCCCCCACCCUCGCCCGAAACCACUCCAACACCACCACCGCCUCCACCGCCGAUGGUCGUCUAAUCACCAACCUGCUCGGCCCUGACUCCUCCCAGGCCGCAACGCCUUUAGGCCCGCCCACGGCCAUCAACCACGCUGGCGCGCCGCCAUCGACAGCCCGCACCGCCGCCAUGCUGCACCGCAAGAUCUGGGUCAAGCGGCCCAAUGCCUCGGCCACGCUCGUCCAGAUCAGAGAGGACGACCUGGUCGACGACGUGCGCGACAUGAUCCUCAAAAAGUAUGCAAACUCGCUGGGCAGGAGCUUCGACGCGCCAGACGUUACUCUGCGCAUUGUGCCCCGCGAUAGCCAGCGCGCCGGCGAACGCACCCUGGGGCCCGAGGAGGACAUGUGCCGUACUAUCGACGCAUACUUCCCCGGUGGCCAGACGGUCCACGAGGCCCUUAUCAUUGACGUGCCCUCGCGACGCACCCCCAAGCCAUCGCCCCGCGUGCCUCCCUACUACCACCAUGAAGACGGCAUCCACCAGCAGACCGAGUACUUUCCCCCCAUGUCGGCCAUCACCCCCUCCCCAGCCAACAUGAGUGCCAGCCUACAGCAUCCUCACGACAACCGUAUCCCCGUGCCCCACCUCCACUCCAUAUCCGUCCUAAACACCGGGCAGCUACCCAACCUGCCAUCUCCCGGCGGCACACGACGCGGGCCCAUGCAUCCACAUCGUCCCAAGUACAACAGAACACACACCGCCUCUCCCACCACUCUGGGCGGCGGCAUUCCCUCUUCUGCCACCUCUAUCCGCCCCGCAAACCGUCCACGGCAUGACUCGUCAGCGUCCGAAGCGAAGAACUCGGCGGCCUCGAACAACGCAAUACCCACACCUCCUGUCCCUGCCGAUCCCACGCCUCACCAGCAAACGCUUCAGACAUCGACUCCACCCACCCCGCGCAUCUCAUCACCACAACUCAACACUAAGAAGAAGCGGAGAAAGGCCCCAGUAGAGCCGCCAGCCCUGCCUGCUGGGCUGCUGGACGGAUCAGUGCCCCCCAUCAACGUGUUGAUUGUCGAAGACAACAUCAUCAACUUGCGUGUCCUGGGUGCUUUUAUGCAAAGAUUAAAGGUUCGUUGGCAACGCGCAAUGAACGGAAAAGAGGCAGUCACCAAAUGGAAAGCUGGUGGAUUUCACUUGGUGCUCAUGGACAUUCAACUGCCCGUCAUGAAUGGUCUCGAAGCAACAAAAGAGAUUAGGCGGCUGGAGCGUGUCAACGGUAUCGGUGUCUUCAGCAGUGGCAGCAGCGAAGCACCCAACACUCGGCUUGGGAACGACGGCAAAGGCCAAGACGAGCUAAGAGAGGACGACAAGCUAGGCGACAAGGGAAUGUUCAAGAGCCCAGUCAUUAUUGUCGCACUCACGGCCAGUUCGCUGCAGAGUGACAGGCACGAGGCUUUGGCUGCUGGCUGCAAUGAUUUCUUGACAAAGCCCGUAAACUUUGUCUGGCUUGAACGAAAGGUCAAGGAGUGGGGCUGCAUGCAGGCUCUUAUUGACUUUGACGGUUGGCGCAAGUGGAAAGACUUCGCCGACAAGUCCGAUAACAACGACACCACUUCAAAACUUUCCGGUAGCUUUACGAGCGUUGCCCCGAACAAAAAGGCUAGCGCUAGCCCAACUACGGCGACAUCAGAAACUAACGGCGUCAAGAAAGAUGUUGAGACGGAGAGGAAAAAUAAGCGCAAGAGUCUGGGAGUAGUGCCGCAACCUGUGCUAAGAGAAGAGGCUGAACCACAGCCAGCUGAAGUUGACAGUGGAGACAACUAA